AUGGAUGAAAUCAACCUUGGUGUCACCUGUGACAUGCAUGUUCACGUAAGGGACGGUGCCAUGUGCGAGUUGGUUACACCUACAAUCAGAGAAGGAGGUAUUUCUGUGGUCUACAUUAUGCCAAACUUGCAACCUCCAGUGACAACUUUGGAAAGAGCCAUUGAGUAUAAGCAGAAAUUGCAGAAGCUAGCACCGGAAACUACGUUUCUCAUGAGCUUUUAUUUGUGCAAAGAUCUAAGUCCCGAGUUGAUCCACGAAGCUGCAAGAAAGGACGCUAUUCAGGGUGUCAAGUGCUACCCAGCGGGAGUAACUACUAACUCAUCAGCUGGUGUGGAUCCGAAUGAUUUUAGCGACUUCUACCCAAUUUUCAGGGCCAUGGAAGAAGAAAACUUGAUCUUAAAUUUGCACGGGGAAAAGCCCUCUGUGGGAGAGGAGGGCAACGAUAUUCAUGUCUUGAAUGCCGAAGAGUCAUUUUUGCCAGCGUUAAGAAAGCUACAUGCAGAUUUUCCCAACUUGAAAAUCAUUUUGGAACACUGUACUACGGCAGCAGCUAUCGAGACUGUCAGAGAUAUCAAUAAGAACGUAGCACAGCCUGCGGACAUUAGGGUCGCGGCUACCAUCACUGCGCACCACUUAUAUUUGACCAUCGAUGAUUGGGCUGGAAACCCAAUAAAUUUCUGCAAGCCCGUGGCAAAGUUGCCCAAGGACAAAAGAGCUCUAGUUGCAGCUGCCAUCUCUGGCGAACCAUACUUCUUCUUUGGUUCAGACUCUGCUCCCCAUCCUCUAUGCAACAAGGCCAGACACGUAGGUGUAUGCGCUGGGGUCUACAGUCAGUCUCUGGCCAUACCGUAUGUUGCCGAGAUCUUCGACACCCAAGAUUCAUUGGACAAGUUGAAGUGCUUUGUAUCUGACUUUGGGUUGUCCUUCUACGGUGUCAAGAAAAGUGACCUCAAAAGUCUGGACGAAGUUAUUCUUUUCCGCAAAGAGCAACACGUACCAGAAACGAUAGGCGAUGGAUCCGACAUUGUGAUUGCACCAUUCAAAGCGGGUGACACUCUAAAAUGGUCUACGAAGUGGGCUAAGUAG